AUGCGACAGCCACAGGGCUAUGUGCAAGGUGAUGGGAAGCUGCUUGGAUUCACUGUCACAGCCUCUGAUGUUUCAGUCUCCACCAAGUUUGAUGCCAAUGCUACCACCUUUGUACUUGUGUAUGUAGAUGAUGUGAUCAUCACUAGAAGCUCAACAAGUGCUAUGAUGGCUGUAGUGAACCAGCUGAAUUGCAAGUUUGCACUCAAGGAUAUGGGCGAUCUUCAUUAUUUUCUAGGCAUUCAGGUUAGCAAGACUAAGGGUGGUGGAUUGUUACUCAGCCAAGAGAAAUACGUUACCAAUUUACUAGGAAAGGUAUGUAUGACGGGCUGCAAGCCCUGUAAAACACCUCUCCCAUCAUCACUGAAAAUCUCUCAGUUUGGUGGUGACAGGUUUGAUGAACCAGCCCUUUAUCAUUCAGUGGUAGGAAGUCUUCAAUAUCUCACCAUCACAAGACCAGAGCUCGCCUAUGUUGUAAGCAAACUCUCUCAGUUCAUGCAAGACCCAUUGGAAUCGCAUUGGAAACUAGUUAAAAGAAUCCCUAGGUAUGCAAGUGGAACAAUCAAAUAUGACUUACAUCUCCGUAAGAAUGACUCGUUGAACAUCACAGCCUAUUGUGAUUCGGAUUGGGGAGGAGAUCCUGAUGACAAAAAAUCAACUGGUGGUAUGUGUGUUUUCUUAGGAAGAAACUUGGUUUCCUGGUCUUCUAAGAAGCAAUCUUUGGUGGCCAGGUCAAGCACAGAGACUGAAUACAGAGCUAUGGCAGAUCUAAUUGCAGAACUUAUAUGGAUCAAGAACCUGCUAAGUGAGCUAAGGGUCACAGCUUCUAUUCCCACCAUAUAUUGUGACAACCUGAGUGUUGUGCUUUUGGCAAGCAACCCCAUCCUGCAUUCAAAGUCUAAACACUUUGAAAUUGAUCUUCAUUUUGUGAGGGACUAUGUAGCAAAGGAAGUGGUAAAAGUUAGCCAUGUUUCGGGAUCUGUUCAGUUGGCAGACAUUCUGACAAAGGCAAUUUUCUUUGGAAUGUUUGACAAUGCUAGAGCAAGGUUGAAUGUUGAGACAAAUUUGCUGUGUAGUGCCACUGCUGAAGGGGUAGCAGGAAUAGUUAAUGAGCCAGCCAUGCCUAGUAAUGAAGGAGCCUUGCAGAAUGGCAGCAAACCUAAAGACUUUAGCAGCAGAGUGCAUGAUGGAGUAAGUGUUGAGCAACAUAAUAAAAUCAGAUAG